AUGGCCACCACUUAUCGGCUCCGAGAGCUGUAUGGCGGAGCCAUCACCGUCGAGCUUCCCACGGACCUCAUUGAUUCAAGCGACAUCCGCCAAAUCCCCGACCACCAAGAAGUCUUCCUGUCACGCGAGACACUCACGUCCAUCAUCAUCGAAAUCAACAACUACGUGGAGGCGCCGGACCCCAUCACGACCGAGACGACCACCACGACGACCGCAAGCGGUAUAACCACGACCUCGACCACGACGACCGUGUUCUCCGAAGCUGACCUCCCUCCAGAGCAAAGACUGCAGCACAGCAGCGAGCACGACCUCGCCGCGGCAGCAUACCAUUUCACGGACGUGAUCUCGCCACCAGACCGUCUCGCGAGCCCGCUCCCACUCGCGGAGAAAGUGUCCAUGGCAUCGCCCAGCCUCGCGCAGUUCCCGGCCUAUGUCCUCCCCGGCACGAUCGUCAGCUACGAGCCUGUGCGACGCGGCCCGCCACCGCAAGGACAGAUCCAGCAGCAGCAGCAGCAGCAGCAGCAGCAACUUGCACCACCACAACCAGCAGGCGCCCCAAACGGCGCAUCCAACCCGCCCACCAACCCCGCCUCGUCGCUCGAACACGUCCAACAACUCCUGGUGCGCAUGCAGCCGUACGAGACCGACCUGUGCGUGCGCAUCAACACGCCGCUGAAGGAAUUCACCGCCGCCACGGAUCAGAAUGGCGACAGCAGCCAGCGACUACGCCAUGAGGAGCAGUUCACCGCGGAGAUCCUGCGGCGCUUCAUCGCGACCCUCGACGUUAAGGAGUUCAGCUUGUUCGCUGUCUGA